CGACAAUCUUGAGAGAAGUCUCUUGCUUACUGAACAAGAGCUAGCGGGGUCAGAUAUUAUGGGCGGAGGGGAGAAAUGAAAGGAUGAUAGGGCAGUAAGCUGGGUGACAGUUAGACAAUCUAGUGUGGGGAAAAGGAAAAGGGAGGUGUAAUGUAUUUGAGUGUUAUUUCACAUACGUGCCACUAGGUGGCAAUACCGUGGUGUGAUGUAUGUCUCAUGCGCACCGCAAGUAAUAAAGCAGAAGGGAAAUACCCUGUUCACUCUCCAUGCUCUGACUGUUUUCAUGCUAGUUAUUGUGCACCUAAAAACAAGUAUAUAGUUAACAUAACUGUGCAUAUUGAUGCCGACAUAACAUAAAUUGGCGACGAGGGAAACGUGCCCACGGUCAAUAUCUAGUUGUCAAGCCAGAAGUAAGGAUGGCUACGAUCAUUGGACAGAUUGAUACCUUCGACGAGGCGAGAGAGCAAUGGACCACGUAUGUAGAACGCUUUGAACACUUCGUGAAAGCAAAUGACAUUGACGAGGGAAAAACAGUGUCGGUUUUCCUCAGCGUAAUGGGAGCAUCCACUUAUGGACUCUUACGUAGCCUUAUUGCACCAGUUAAGCCCGGCACUAUGUCAUAUGGAGACAUUGUGAACACACUGCAAGCGCAUUUCAGUCCCAGGCCUAUUGUGAUUGCUGAGAGGUUCAAGUUUCACAAACGAAAUCAGGCGGAGGGGGAAAGUGUUGCACAGUAUGUGGCUGUAUUAAAGAAACUGGCGGAGCACUGUGAAUUUGGUGACAAUUUAAACGAUGCAUUAAGAGACAGAGUGGUGUGUGGCCUGUGCAGCGAGUCAAUACAGCGGAAGCUUUUGACUGAAUCGGCGCUCACGUACCAAAAGGCCGUGGACAUAGCAAUGUCAAUGGAGGCUGUAUCGAGGGAAUCACAGCAUUUAAGUAACUCAGUGAAAGUAAAUGCCAUGUCUUUUGCAUCAGAAUCGCCAAAGGCAAAAUGUUUUAGAUGCGGAAAGUCUAACCAUACCCAAAAUGAAUGUUUUUACAAAGACCAACUGUGUCACAAUUGUGGAAAGAAGGGCCACAUCGCUCGGUCAUGUAAAGGUGCAAAGACAGAGGUGAAAAUACCGAGAGUUUUCGGAAAAGGAAACUAUGUAAAAAGUAAGGGAAUGGCAAAGAAAAAAACAAUUCACAAAAUGGGCACUGAGACGGAAAGGCUGAAUGAAGAGACAAGUUCGGAUACUGAGUCUGAACUGACACUACACAACGUUACCGCAACAUCGCAAAACCCUGCACCAGGGAACAUAAUGAAAAGGGAAAAUGAGGAAGGGACAGCGGUAAUAAAAAUACAACCAAAAAUUGAGGGGUUACGAGUAGAGAUGGAAGUCGACACAGGAGCGGCAGUUUCUAUUAUCUCAGGGGAACUGUAUAGAGAUAAAUUAAGUCACAUUCGUCUGCGCCAUACAAACGUUGUUCUCAAGACAUACACUGGCGAAGUAAUCCGGCCAGAAGGAGUCAUCAAGGUGUGCGUUUAGCUAAACAAACAACGUGC